AUGGACUAUCCCGUCAGCUGUGGCGCCUGCAGAGGUCAUCAGGCAAUAAACCCCCGCCCGGGGGCGCUCGACUGGAGCACUAGCGGAGGGGAGGGCAGCCAAGUCCGGACGUCAGGCUGUGAUGUCUGCGACUCUGCGACGAUGGUUGGUUCCGGAUGGGCAACAGCUGGUGCGGAUGACGUGCUAGCCAUCUCGGACGGGGAGCGAGAAGAUGCAACCAUUGGUGGACUGAGCGAUGAGGGAUCAAGCCACGGGGCCGCUAGUGGUCCCUCAUCGGUUGCAUUCUGUCCUGUCCAGCAACAUUGGAAGUGGCAGCGCCCAGCUCAGAUCGGAGCUGGAGGAGAGCCGGAGCAAAUGCCUCCUUUCCCAAAAUGGUCUGGACGUUGCCCGAAUCAUCACCGUAAAUGGUAUAGUGCAGGAUUCACAAUCACAUGUCCAGGGCCGGGCUGA